GACAGAACCUAAACAAUGAGCUCCGGGGUAAAAGAGUGGACUACUGCUGCCUCUUUGGUGGUUGCCACAGCUGCCGUGGGGUAUAUUGCAUACAAAUCCCUCUGCUGCAAAGAUAAAUGCUGCAAGGCUAGGGUGAACCCUGACCUCCAGAAGGACAAUCCCAAGGUGGUCCACGCAUUUGACAUGGAAGACUUGGGAGAUAAAGCUGUCUACUGCCGCUGCUGGAGAUCCAAAAAGUUUCCGUAUUGCGAUGGCGCUCACACAAAGCAUAACGAGGAAACCGGUGACAACGUGGGCCCCUUAAUCAUCAAGAAAAAAGAAUCUUAAAUCAUCAACACUCUCCCCCCACAGCUCUAAUCCAUCAGGAUAUUAUAAUCUGCUGUGGUUCUGUAGAGUCAGUCUAUCCAUGUAGGUGUUGUUUAUGGGGUAAUCCUGUGUAUAAGAAAGGUGACUGGUCAAAUCUCUGUCGCCCGCCUUAAAACGUCCUCUAUCCCUCGGGCAAAUUUGGGCUCAGUGCCGCAUUGGAGGGGGUGCAGUAAAUAACAGGACACCCAUGAAUAAAAGCUUCCAGUUCUGUUCUCCUAAUUGCUAUGGUUUAAUUACAGUAAUCCUAAAACCACAUAAAGUUUCAUGUUAAGGGAAAAAAAAAUAUACCCAGCAUAUUUACCCCCUUAUGUAAUAAAAGGCACUAAGUCCAGAAGCAGUAAUCCAUAACGGCCAAUUAGAUGUUUGCUUUUAAACAGAUGACCAGUAAACUCUACCUGCUGAUGGGUUGCUAUGGGUUACUGCUCCUGGGCAAACUUAUUGCCUUUUAUUACAUAACCCCCUUAAUCUCUUAUCUCAUCAAUGAAACUAUUAGGGUGAAGACACACGGAGCUACUAAUAGCAGCUACUUGUCACAGCUACAAAAACAGACAAUGCUGAUCAUUUUCUGAUAACUGUCUCCACGUGUGUUUUAGCAGAGGCAAUUCUCAGUAUUGUCUAUGGCAGGUUAUUUUCUGGCGUUUAGUAGCCGUGACAAGGAGCUGCUACGAAGUAGCUCUGUGUGUCUUCCCCCUAAAGGUAGCUAGUGACAUAUUUAUAUGUGUAUAGUAGUGGGAGCUGCCAUACUGGCUGAAGCAUUGUCCAUACACCCCCAACUGGAUUGUCCUGUGAAUUAACCCUACACGUGUAGUGCUGUUCUACUGCUAUCCGUGCAGGAGACAAACAAGGCAUAUAUGUGCACUCCCAAUAACUUGUAACAUCCUUAUGUCUUAUGGCUGUUUGACAACUGGGCAUGACAAACUCCUGUGUUGGGCUCAUAGCAAUCCAUUUCCCACCCAAUAGCUUAUGCACCCUCAGUGUAACUAAUAAUUAGCCCUAUAAAUAAGACCCUGCUUAUAUUCUCCCUUCAGUGAUGCACUCGCCCCUGUUCGAGGGUUCAGUCCUAAUUUCUACUGUAAAAAACCCGAAAUCCCACUGUUUGUGCGUGAGUGUGCGGAAUGUUCCGAGGCCCGAAUACCUGUGUUCGUUUUUUUUCUCCUUCCACUGCUAAAAGCAGAUUUGCAAAUAAUGACAUUGGAAUGUAAAUGAGAUUCAUCGACAUUAAAUUAUUUACAGGUUA